AUGUCGUUCCGGUCCAUCUUCACAUCGAAUAAACGGCCGCGGGCUGAGGGUCGACGCCGCAAUGGGCAGAGCGAGAGCAAGGCGACACCUUUCACGGAGCGCAUAUGCGAAAAAGUGCCCCGUGAGUUGCAAGAAGAGAGCAUGCGACUUGUGGUGAUGAGGGAAGAGAACAGAAGGGUGGUGUUCGACACCAAGACGAUCAUCCCAGCCAGCAAGGCCUCGAAGGUGUUUACUGAUGGCAGCCAAGACCGACGCCGACUGAGCCCCUGCGGAAAUUUUCUGCUACUCAAACAUUCGACCGACGUCAAGCAGAUCUCUGACAUGCUUUUUGGAGCCAUGACAGCCUCGACUGGCAGUGAUUCACUGAAAAUACACACAAUUGGCGAGACUCACAGCAUCAUGACGAGCCGGAUUUUCCAUCUCUCUCGGACAAAGUCAAUGGGCCAAAUGACCGACGCCAACAUGGCCUCGGACUCGGACAGUCAAUACGAGGCCACGGUUAACUCGUCAGAUGGAAUGUCUGCUAGCACGUCCUCGAUGACUUCACCACCAGAAUCGUUCUCGCGGGUGCGCACCAGUUCGUCGCUGCAAGAAGGUGACGGAGAUGAGGAAAUCAUCCAAAAGCGCCCAUUUUCUCCACCCUUCCAGCUCAGUCGAACCCGCCGCCGUCAGCUGAGCUAUCGCACCGAUUUAGCGAAUGAAGGCUCCGCUGUUCGCUGGAAGUCGCGGUCACGUCUUUCCUCUUGCGGCUCUUCCCAGACGACGGAUGACGAGUUUUUGAAGAAGGUGGCACUCGGCGUGAUUUGGGACGAAGACGAGCGUCCAUUUGUGUUCAGCCACAUGGCACUGAUCGAAAACGAACUGGCCCGUUUGGAGUCGCGCAUCGAAAUGGGCGCAGUCUCGCAGCGGACGUUCCUGGUCGAAAUCCAAUCGGCCUGGGACGAGUUCAUCAAGGCGAUUCGUAUACUGGCAAAUACUCCACGGCUUCGCCAUCCCGUCUGGUUGUCGAUGGUUGAUGGAGAAGAGGCGCUCGUCGCCAAUCUUUUCUGCGAUACAUUGGCUAGCCUGGCACGGGAUCUCGAUACCAAGGAAAAGCAUUUCUUCUUGUCCAAUUUGAUCUCGGCCGUGCUCAUGCAUCACAUGUCGUGGGUAGCCUCGGUGGCACCUCCAGUCGCGCAGCAAUCGACCGCCGCCGUGCUGAGUGCUUCUGGCAGAUCGCACGUGAUCGGAUCGACGCUGAACGAUGAGGCCCCGAUGGCUCCCUACAACGUCCACCUGGCGCAGUACUUGGAAGUGGUCGGUAGCGUGGGAGCAAAAGGGCGAACGGCUCGCACACUGGUGGCCGGAGAAUCGGACAAGAGCGAAACGGUGGCACGUCUGCUGCACGUGCUGUCGUAUUUCGUGCGCUGUUCGACAAUCCGUCAGCAUGCAGAUGAGCCGAUCAGCCUGUACGACCUGCCGGUGGAGGAGGCCUUCUCACCGCCGAUCAACUCUCCCUGCGACUCGGGCCUCAUCUCGCCUCGAAGUCUCCGCCUGAUCGAUGUAGCCACCCCGGAUAAAGAUGACGAUAACAUGUCGUGCAGCUCGGGCGACUCGAUGGGACCCCCUCCGGCCGUACGCGCCCGUGUCGCUACCGGUGGCACGCCUUCGAUUCGCAUCGGCGGCGAGAAACGCCCAAGCAGGACCCGGACGCAUUUGACAGAGAGCGACGGCAGCGAGAGCGAGCACGAUUUGGCUAAGUCACUCGGGCGUUCAUUACUCGUUGGCCCAUCCGCCUCGUACUCGCCCCACUUUGUGCUCUCGGGAAUCUUGAAAAACUCGCCGGCGAUGAUGUGUGAAUUGAUUGCAAGGGUUAUGGAAGACGUGCAUCAGCCGUGUCUGACAGAAGACCUGCUUCUUCCCCAACAUUCCAUCUCAUCUUCCUCCUCAACCGAGACGGCACCCGUUUCUGAUGGUGUUGUGGUGUUGGCCGAUACCAGUGAUUGGUCUGUCAAGGUGAUUUCAACGGGCGGCGCCGAGCGCAUUGCUUCCCCAUCGGAAGCCGUGGUCUCGAUGCUCGAACAAUUUGCGGAGCUCCACGCUAGCGGCCUCGCCCCGAAAUUCCUCCUCUCCCAUCUGGAGGACAGCCUUGCCGAGCUGUUGACGAAAAGCCAAACACUGGUGGAGCUGAUGCAGCCUCGAGCUAUGGAAGACACACCAACGGUGUUCACUUCUGAGCGCGUUCGCAAAGUGAUCGACUGUGACGUCUCCGACCUUCGGCUCAUCCUCAACGUUGCCGCCGUCUAUUCCCCUUCAAUACUCGAGACGACCACC